GCUACUUUUACUUAAUUAAAAAAAAUUGGCUGCCGUUGGCUUUGGCACAAUCUUAUCAGUGGCCCGAAGCCAACGAAGGACAGGAACCCAAUGGAGAACGUGACGGUCAAGAUGGACGACGUGCAGCUGGAGGACGGCGCCGCGCCCGUCAAGAAGAUGGCGCGUCGCGACCACCUGAUUGACAUCGAGCACGAGAUCAUCGCCAAGUGGGAUGAUGCGAAGCUGUUCGAGUCUGACCCGGAUCCGAGCAAGCCCAAGUACAUGGUUACGUUCCCGUACCCGUACAUGAACGGCUACAUGCACGUGGGUCACCUGUUUACGCUUAUGAAGGUCGAGUUCGCUUCUCGCUACCACCGUCUCAAGGGCGAGAACGUCAUCUUCCCCUUCGGUUUCCACUGCACGGGUAUGCCCAUCCAAGCCGCCGCCAACAAGCUCAAGCGCGAGCUUGCGGAGUACGGCAACCCGCCCAACUUCUCGCGUGACAUCGAGGAAGAAGCCAAGCCCAAGUCCGCCGGAGACUCGCUCAACAAGGCCCACGGUAAGAAGUCCAAGGCUGUAGCCAAGUCGGGCGGUGUCGUGCACCAGUACGACAUCCUCAAGAUCUCAAACAUCCCGGAGGAAGAGAUCCCCAAGUUCCACGAUCCUCUCUACUGGCUGCAAUACUUCCCUCCUCACGCUAUCGCUGAUCUUAAGCGCUUCGGUAUGAACAUCGACUGGCGUCGCUCGUUCAUCACUACGGACGUGAACCCUUUCUACGAUGCCUUCGUCACGUGGCAGCUCAACAAGCUCAACGAGCAGAAGCGUGUUGUGCGCGGUAAGCGUCCCAAUGUCUACUCCAUCCUGGACGGACAGAGCUGCGCCGACCACGACCGCGCCUCUGGUGAAGGUGUGGGUCCCCAGGAGUACACGCUGGUCAAGCUGCGUGUGCAGGAUCCGCUACCGGAGAAGCUGGCUGCUCUCGCCGGCAAAAAUCUGUACCUGGCUGCUGCUACGCUGCGUCCCGAGACGCUGUACGGCCAGACCUGCUGCUACGUGCUGCCUGAGGGCGACUACGGCGCGUUCCUCAUCAACGACGACAACGACGUGUUCGUGAUGAGCCGCCGUGCUGCCCGCAACCUGGCGCACCAGGAGUACUCGCGUGUAUGGGGCAAGGAAGAGUGCCUGCUCGAGAUGAAGGGCCACGACCUGCUCGGCUUGGCGCUGUCGUCGCCCAACGCGCCGUACGACACGAUCUACACGCUGCCGCUGCUCACCAUCUCUAUGGGCAAGGGUACGGGUGUGGUUAUGUGCGUGCCGUCGGACUCGCCCGAUGACUUUGCUGCCUUCCGUGACCUUAAGCAGAAGGCCGCUCUGCGUGAGAAGUACGGCAUUGAGGACCACAUGGUGCUUCCCUAUGACCCUGUGCCUAUUAUCGAGAUCCCGGGCUUCGGUGACAUGGCUGCCGAGAAGGUCUGCAACGACCUGAAGAUCGUGUCGCAGAACGACAAGGAUAAGCUGGCCAAGGCCAAGGAGCUCGUGUACCUCAAGGGUUUCUACGAAGGUGUACUCCUUGUGGGCUCGCAGAAGGGUCAGAAGGUGUGCGAUGCCAAGACCGUCAUGCGCCAGGAGCUGCUCGACGCUGGCUACGCUAUCCCGUACUGGGAGCCGGAGUCGCUUGUGAUGUCUCGCAGUGGCGACGAGUGCGUGGUUGCUCACCUGGACCAAUGGUACCUCACCUACGGCGCCGAGGACUGGAAGAAGCGCGUAAUGGACCACAUCAGCGACCCCAAGAGCUUCGACGCUUACAAUCCGGUGGCUCUUGGUGAGUACAAGUCUACGCUCGGAUGGCUGAAGGAGUGGGCGCCGUGCCGCCAGUCUGGUCUGGGCACGCGUCUUCCCUGGGACCCGGAGUUUGUGGUGGAGUCGCUUACGGACUCGACCAUCUACAUGGCUUACUACACCAUCGCACACCACCUGCAGGCCAACCUGGACGGCUCGAAGCUGGGCCCACACGGCAUUAAGCCCGAGCAGAUGACCAAGGAGGUGUUCGACUACAUCUUCUUGAAGUCGUCGCCGCCCACGGAGUCGACGAUCCCGUUGGCUGUGCUUAAGCAGAUCCGCGAUGAGUUCGAGUACUGGUACCCCGUUGACGUCCGUGCGUCCGGCAAGGACUUGAUCCGUAACCACUUGACCAUGUGCCUGUACAACCACGCCGAGAUCUGGCGUGACGACCCGUCCAAGUGGCCGCGUGGCUUCUUCACGAACGGCCACGUGCAGGUGGACGGUAAGAAGAUGUCCAAGUCUCUGGGUAACUUCUUGACGCUCAAGGACUGCGCCACUGAGUUCGGUGCCGAUGCCACCCGUUUUGCUUGCGCUGACGCCGGUGACGGCAUGGACGACGCCAACUACGCUCUGGACACGUGCCGUAUGGCCAUCCUGCGUCUCACUACCGAGGAGGAGUGGAUCAAGCGUGUGGUGGAGGACAAGGCGUCGCUGCGCACGGGCGAGCUCAACUUCAACGACAAGGUGUUCCUGAACCAGAUGAACAACCUCAUCAGCGCCACGACUUCGUUCUACGAGCGUCUCCAGUGGCGUGAGGGUCUCCACACGGGCUUCUUCGAGUACCAGAUUGCUCGUGACUCAUACCGUGACAUAUGCGCCCGUAGCGAGGUGCCGAUGCACCACGACGUUAUCAUGCGCUUCAUCGAGUCGCAGCUAGUCAUCCUUGCUCCCAUCUGUCCGCACUUCUGCGAGUACAUGUGGACCGCUAUUGGCAAGGAGGGCUUCGUGUCGGUGGCUUCCUGGCCGGUGGCUGAGGAGGUCGACCACGGCCUGCUGCGUGCCGGUGACUUCCUGAACAAGGUGACUCGUAGCUUCCGUGAGGCUCUUGCUAAGAGCGGCAGCAAGAAGAAGGGCAAGAAGGGCGCUGCACCGGCCGAGCCGGCCAAGAAGCCUACGCACGCCCAGGUGUACCUGACUACGGAGUUCCCGGAGUGGCAGCAGAAGGUGCUCGUGUUUAUGGAUGGUCUGUUUGAUGACGCGACGAAGCAGUUCCCCGCUGACUUUAUGAAGCAACUGAAGGGCGAGAUCACCAAGGACGAUUCGCUGAAGAAGCUUACGAAGAACGUGAUGCAGUUCGCUGCCUUCGUCAAGGCGGAGGCUGAGCUGCGUGGCCGUGAGGCUCUGGAGCUGAGGAUGCCGUACGACCAGAAGAGCGUGCUUGCCUCUAACAAGCUGUACCUCUGCCGGUCGCUGGACCUCCAAGACAUCGAGGUAAGAUGGCUGCAGCGAGGUGGCUUGGUGAAGUAUGCGGUUCUUACGGGUGUUAUUUCUUUGUUCCAGUUCUACUACGUGGGUGAGGAGAUCCCGAACGCGGACGCGAAGAAGAUGGAGACGGCGUCACCUGGUAAGCCUGCCAUCUACAUCUUCGCCCAGUAAGGUCGUUGCAGUAGUAUUGUGCUUCUUUGCAUUAGAUUGGCGGUGAUAAGAGGGUAUUCUGUUCUCCAUCGUGCUAGAUAAGACAGCAAGUAUGCAAGUCAUACAUGUACCUUGCAUUAAGUAGUGUAUGCUGCUUCCCCUUGUGCGUCUCCUAACUCUUGCUCCGACAUGAACCGAAAAGAAUGGAAAGCUUGAAACUGGAAUUACCA